AUGAGCCUCAAGAAGAUGAAGAUGAAGAUGAAGAUGAAGAUGAAGAUGAAGAUGAAGAGGAAGAGCAACGAACCGCAACAAUUUCAGUUCUGCGACGUCUGUAGAUUAAACCAUAACCAGGGUCGCCGCCACAAUUACUUCCCUACUCACAAAACUUCGCUCGCCAUGCUCCUUACGCGCUUCCAGUCCAAGCUCACCCAUGUCAAAUCCUUCCUUAAAUCCCCGACGCCUAUCCGCCCCGACUUCGCGAAUCAAACCCGCCUCUGGUGCAUCUUCUGCAAUUGCAACAUUCUCGAGCUCGAUAACCCAUUCUCUUGUGGCAAUGCGAUCCAACAUUUGGCAAGCGUAGAGCACUGGAAGAGAAUUAAGGGUUUUAUGUGGAAGUAUGGAGGUGGGAUGAAUAGCGUUGAUUUGUUCGUAUUAGUGAGUCGGAUUAUGCCAAGCUAUACGAAUGAGAGGACUCAGACACUCUGCUCAGUGUCAUCCAUUCCAGAUGCUGGUCCUUCUUCACGUAAUAUACCUGGAAGUCUGCAAAGGAGAACAUGGAUAAUCUGCAUUGCUCCACUUAUCAUGCUAGGGAGUGCUCGUCUUAUGGUUAUCUCCGUGAUAGAGCUACGCACAUCUAACACGGCCAUCGUCAUACUAGUGUCCUGCUACGAAAUCAAGAUAAAAAUUAUAAUCGCUGCCAUCUUCUCCGCUGCUGUCCUCGUUGGAGUCUGGAAAAUUCGCCUACCUUUCUCCAAUAUGCUGCCUCAGAUGGAGGAGUUCGUUAAAGAAAAUGCUGAAAUAUUUAACACAAUAUCAAAUUCGAAAGAUAGAUCCUGCCUAUUACGCUGUUUUCAUAGCAUUCUAAGCAUCUUAAAAGAAAAUUUCAAGUCCGAAAUCUUAAUAGAAAAGGUCAAGUCCGAAAUCUUGCCUUCCGUGCAUGAGGAUUAUGAAAAGGCCAUUGUUUGCCUCAAACAAUUCGAUGAAGAGAGCUCUUUGAUCUACAUUAAUUUAGCAGCUAAAGGCCUCUGCAAUGCAAAAGACGAGAGUGGGUAUCAAGGUUCUAGAUAUGACUUUGUCAUAUUUCUGCUGGCCGGUUUCCUUGCUGCAAAGUUUGGCUUAUUUCAUUGCAGCAUUGGUUACUUGGCCUGCCUAGAUAAAGGUAUUCUACAAGAAAAAUUGAGAAGCAGCAUUCAAACUUUUUCCGAUUUCAUGAAGACGGACGGUAAGUCCUAUAUAGAGAUUGAAAAUAACGAUUUAGAUCAAUGGAUUGCGGGUGUGUUUGUGUAUUGGUACCGCAGUGUCGGAAGUCCUAUAUGGAGAGAUUUGAGUGAAGAUAAUUUAGGAAAUUUCAAGAAAAUGUAUGGCAUGUAUGGAGAGGCACAACUACAUUUAAAGAAGGGAACAGCGCGUGAUCUGAUGCGGUUUCAAUUUUGCCGCUUGAUCGAAUUUAUAUGCCAAGAUCUGCUAAUGAAAGAUACUCGUGGGAAUCUUACUGUAAGACUAAAAGCACAGAAGGUUAAGCAAGAACUUGAGAAAAAGCUAAAAAAUUUGGAUGCUUUUAUCGGAGAGUUUAACGUGAUGGACAUUGGCUGCUUUGGGUUCCAGAUUCUUUUGACCUCUGGUGUGUUAUACCAGCGACUUGAAAAUUACACAGCUGCUGCUCUCUCGUUUGAAAAAGCUCACACUGUUCUUGGUGUCCUUGAAGAUCCUUUUAAGAAUUCUUUUGAAGCUAUAAAGUUUGCAAAGAAUCAGAUUUAUUGUCAACUUAGAGUUCCUUUGCCUUCCCCUCCGGUUGGUUCUGAUGAGGCUUCACAGCAUACUUGCGAGGAAAAAAAGGAAAAUGCUUCAGAAACUAUCAGCACGGACACUAGUGCGGAAAAUAUGGAUAUGGAGGCUGAAACUCUAAAAUGCCAUACAAAUGAGGAGGAUGCUGGAUAUGGCAUUUUAGAGUUUCAGCCUCCAUAUCCAUAUUUUCCGCACUAG